AUGCAUCGUGUGAUCACCAUUUUAUCUGGAUACACCCGUUUUUUUUUUUUAGAAAAGGAUGUAAAAAUACCGUCAUGUAUACACCCAUUUCGUGUACGUUUGGAAGUGUUUCUACACGUCCCCGUCUUUCCCAGUUCCCUUUUCAUCCGUUUUUUUCUCCCAUUUAUUCUUCGUUUGGCUCUCUUAUCUUCGGUAAGGCGUGGUCUCGCUUCUAAAACGUCCAUGGGUUCGCAUGAAUCCACGACUUUGUUUUUUUUUUCUUCUUGUCGCCUUUCCUUUCCACCCCUCCUCAAUUCCCUUUCUUUCAGCUACCUUACGUUCUAUUUUUCUUUUUACGGUGUUGCUGCUUGUUCCUUUAUUUGUUUUGUUUUAGGGAAAAGGAGGGUGGAAGGAAGGAUAUCGCACGAAAACUUUUUUGAGUAUUUAUUGCUCACUUUUUUUUUUAAAUCUUUUCCUCACCUUGUAGACCCGCUGGUUGUAAAUAACUAUCAACCCGCGUUUGUGUGCGUGUGGCGAUGUUGUGAUGAGUUGGAGAGUAGAACCCGCGAAAGGUGGAAAGUUGGGCAACUUCAACUUCAUCCUUCCGCUGCGUCAUUUUCUUGUUGUUUGUUUGUUGCUGUUGUCGUUUUGGUUGUUGUUGUUGUUUUAUGUUUUCCUGUCCCAUUCCCCACUUGUUUCCCCUUCGCUGUUUUCGUUGUUUCGCAUCAUCGUAAUUAUCGCCGUUGUUUUUACCUGCUGUACACUUCAAUAGGGAGAGGCCCCAUGCAUCCACUGGAAUUCUGGUUAAUGAGCGAAUGA